CCUGCCCUGGCGUGAAACGACGCCAACAGCCCAUGUCCCAGCCAUCUUCCUUCUGAGCCCGGGCCGGCAAUCGAUUGGACAUGUUUGAGCUGCGAGUAGCCGCUCUGCAUAUGCAAUGCGAGUGCUCUGGCGCACAGCAGGAGCCAUGGUCUUCAAGGAGCUGCAGGGACCGGUGCCGGGAAGUGGAGACGAGGGAUGGGAUCACGGAUCCAGGUCAGAAAACAAAGUGCCUUGGCAGGGAAACGCUUCUUCGAUCGACGUGGAGGGCGGUGAGGCCUCUCUGGCAUACGUGGGUCGCGUAUUGCCAAUGGAUUUUCUUCCACGGAGGAGGAGUAAGACAAAUCUUGCAAGUUGCGAUCUGAAUUUUCCGGAUGACAUUUCUUAUUCAGGAAACGAAGUGGGGUACGUUGGGUACGUUUCAACGAGUAUUAUUUCCGGUGUUUGUGCGAUUCCCUCCACGCUUCCACUUCUAUGUUGGAAGAGUAAUCGAUUGAUUCAUGGCGUCUCGGGGAGCCGCGUUGGAAGCAGCCAUGUCGUGCCUCCAUUGCGUCCGCCUCCCCGCCCCUCGUACGGUGGCAGGUCACGGGAUCUCCAUCCAGAACCUCGUCCCUUUGCCUUUUGCUGUCUAGGUUGAUAUGGAUCGAGGGGUUCCAAGAGCAUAUGGUAGCAUGCGAUCGAUGUACUUACAGGUACAAACACAUGCGUGAAAUGAAGCGCCUUAAACGAAGUCCGAACUAGAGGACUUUAUAGACUGAUUGUCUGCACUUCUUUCCCUUACCGUUGUAGAAGA